AUUUGGAUGAUCCCAUAGUGACAGUCCACCAGAGCAUUGGGGAGGCCAAGGAGCAGUUUUACUAUGAGAAAACCGUGUUCCUCAGGUGUGUGGCCAACUCCAACCCGCCGGUGCGGUACAGCUGGCGCCGCGGGCAGGAGGUGCUGCUGCAGGGCUCCGACAAGGGAGUGGAGAUCUACGAGCCCUUCUUUACCCAGGACUCAGAGCUGGCCACAGCUGUCGGAGCCAAGGGCCGUGGGGACAGGGGACAUCACCCAGCCCAGACAUUGCCCCACAUCCCUCUUGGCUCCCACCCCUCCAAAGGCCACACCCGCUUUCCCUGUGCUCCAAACCGCUUCCCAGCUUUCUCAGGCAAAGCCUACGCCCCCGAGUUCUACUACGACACCUACAACCCCCUGUGGCAGAACAGGCCCCGGGUGUAUUCCUACAGCCUGCAGUGGACACAGAUGAACCCCAACGCCGUGGAUCGGAUCCUCGCCUACCGCCUGGGCAUCCGCCAGGCUGGCCAACAGCGUUGGUGGGAGCAGGAAAUCACCGUGAAUGGGAACAUCCAGAAGGGAGAACUGAUCACCUACAACCUCACCGAGCUCAUCAAGCCCGAGGCCUACGAAGUCAGGCUGACCCCCAUCACCAGAUUUGGGGAGGGGGACUCCACCAUUCGGGUCAUCAAAUACAGUGCUCCAGUGAAUCCUCACCUACGAGAGUUCCACUGUGGCUUCGAGGAUGGGAAUAUUUGCCUUUUCACCCAAGAUGACACGGAUAACUUUGACUGGACUAAACAAAGCACUGCCACGAGGGACACCAAGUACACCCCAAACACGGGGCCCAACGCAGACAGGACGGGCUCCAAGGAAGGUUUCUACAUGUACAUCGAGACGUCCCGGCCCAGGCUGGAGGGGGAGAAGGCCAGGCUGGUCAGUCCCGUGUUCAGCGUCGCUCCCAAAAAUCCCUACGGAGCCACCAACACGGCCUAUUGCUUCAGCUUCUACUAUCACAUGUAUGGACAGCACAUAGGUGAGAGAAAGCCAGGGGGACCUCUGGGGGAGAGGCUUUUGGGGGAAAAACGGCAGGAAAAGUGGCCUCUGGGGUGA